GCGGCGGGCGGGCAGGCGAUUCCGGGCGCGCGGCGGCGGUUGGGCUUGGCCUUGGUGGGGCUGCGGUGCUCAUGGCUGCGGCCAGCGCGACCCCUCCCGGCUCCCUGGACCUGCUGCAGCCUGGCUUCUCCAAGACCCUCCUGGGGACCAAGCUAGAGGACAAGUACCUGUGCUCAGCCUGCAGGAACGUCCUGCGCAGGCCCUUCCAGGCUCAGUGUGGCCACCGCUACUGUUCCUUCUGCCUGAGCAGCAUCCUGAGCUCCGGGCCCCAGAACUGUGCCGCCUGCGUGAACGAGGGCAUUUACGAGGAAGGCGUCUCUAUCCUGGAGAGCAGCUCGGCUUUCCCGGACAAUGCUGCCCGCAGGGAGGUAGAGAGCCUGCCGGCCGUCUGUCCCAGUGAGGGCUGCACCUGGAAGGGGACCCUGAAGGAGUACGAGAGCUGCCACGAAGGACGCUGCCCGUGCGUGCUGACCGAGUGCCCGGCGUGUAAAGGCCUGGUGCGCCGGGGCGAGAAGGAGCACCACCUGGAACACGAGUGCCCGGAGCGGAGCCUCAGCUGCCGGCACUGCAGGGCACCCUGCUGCCCGGCCGACAUGAAGGCGCACCACCAGGUCUGCCCCAAGUUCCCCUUGACCUGCGAGGGCUGCGGCAAGAAGAAGAUCGCACGCGAGAAGUUUCAGGACCACGUCAGGACAUGUGGCAGAUGCCGAGUCCCCUGCAGGUUCCACGCUGUCGGCUGCCCCGAGAUGGUGGAGGGCGAGAGGCUGCAGGAGCACGAGGCGCAGCGGCUCCGGGAGCACCUGGCCCUGCUUCUGGGCGCCCUGCUGCAGGCUGGGCCCCCGCUCCUCGGCCAGGGCGAGCAGGGCUGGGGGGCCAGCACGCCGGGCCCGGGGGCAGCGCCCUCCCAGGUGGCGGAGCUGCUGCAGAGGUGCGAGGCCCUGGAGCGGAAGACGGCCACCUUCGAGAACAUCGUCUGCGUGCUGAACCGGGAGGUGGAGCGGGUGGCUGUGACUGCCGAGGCCUGUGGCCGGCAGCACCGGCUGGACCAAGACAGGAUCGAAGCCCUGAGUAAUAAGGUGCAGCAGCUGGAGAGGAGCAUCGGCCUGAAGGACCUUGCCAUGGCCGACCUGGAGCAGAAGGUCCACGAGAUGGAGGCGUCCACCUUCGACGGGGUGUUCAUCUGGAAGAUCCCGGACUUCGCCAGGAAGCGCCAGGAAGCCGUGGCUGGCCGCACGCCCGCCAUCUUCUCCCCAGCCUUCUACACCAGCAGGUACGGCUACAAGAUGUGUCUGCGCGCCUACCUGAACGGAGAUGGCACCGGGCGCGGGACGCACCUGUCCCUCUUCUUCGUUCUGAUGAAGGGCCCCCACGACGCCCUCCUGCGCUGGCCCUUCAACCAGAAGGUGACCCUGAUGUUGCUGGACCAGAACAACCGGGAGCACGUGAUUGACGCCUUCAGGCCCGACGUGACCUCGUCCUCCUUCCAGAGGCCGGUCAGCGACAUGAACAUCGCGAGCGGCUGCCCGCUUUUCUGCCCCGUCUCCAAGAUGGAGGCCAAGAAUUCCUACGUGCGUGACGACGCCAUCUUCAUCAAGGCCAUAGUGGACCUGACAGGGCUCUAGCUGCUGCCCCCGGGAGCGGGGCCACUGCGCUGGGCGGGCACCUGCGAGCUCACGUCCCACAGGCAGGGGCUGCCUCCCAGGAAGGGGUUCAGCCCAAGGCCAUCGGGGUGGGCUGUAGGCCCGCGUGUCCCCAGCGGGUGGGCCGUGCAGGUGUGGAGCCCUCAGCCUGCAGUGGGGCGGCUGGGGCCACAGUGAGGAGCUGCUGGAGAGGAGGGACGGUCUUGGGCCCGGCUGCCGCUCCAGGGAGAGCCCUGCUGGGCCAUUCUGACCAGGCCAGCAGGCGGGGAGGGCAUCCCGUGUCCCCUGCCCCGUGGCGCGUGCAGGGCGCACGUCCAGCGCCCCCCUGCCCAGCCCCCGCAAGACACGUCGUCUUCCCUGUUGGGUGUGGAGGAGUUGCUGUUAAACCUCUGAAUCUCUUCGGUGAGUGGUGUCCAUCUGGCUCUCGCCCUGGCCAUCAGCGACUGGCCGGGGCCUCCUGGCCUGCUGGCCUCCAUGCUCUGUGUGUCGCCAGCUCCUUGAGCAGUUCCGUGGGCUCCCUGACACUGCAGGCUGGCUCGUGCGGGCCUCGGUGAAGCCAGCCGUUCUCUCUUCUGGGAUGUUACUGGCUGGGCAGCUCCUCGUCCCUCAGGCCUCCCCAGGGGCUGCCCUGGAGAGCAGGGCCACGUGCGUGCCCCCGAUUCUGGGCCUGCCCCGCCCCUCUGUGUAGGGCCCCCGGGCCUGGAAGAGUGGCCGAUGGCUUCGUCUGCGUUUGGGACCUGACAGGUGGCGUCUCCCCAGGACCAGGACUUGCCCGGCCUCCAGGUGUUCCUUCGACAGUGGCAGAGCCCGGGCAGCCUGAGCACAGGCUUGCACCUCGGCUGGACCUGGUCAGGGCCUCAGCCCGGGGCUGCAGGAUGGGCACGGCGUCCUGGCCGGGAGCUGGCCACACCCAGGUGCACUAGUGACCAGGACUGGGUGCUCAAGAGCCAGAGUCCUUACAGAGGACCUGUGACAACACUGUCACUUCUCUAUUUUGAGAAGUUAAAGAAUUGAAAGGCACAGAGAAUAAUAAGCUCCGUGUGUCCAAAAUUAACAGAUGUACACGUUUUGAAUUAUGUAUUUUAAUUAAAAAGAAACAUUGCAGAAAAGUUGAAGUCCUGCUUCCUUUCCCUCUCACCACCUCCGUCACUGGCCAAGGCACCGCCCUCGUGGAUUUGGAUCCUUUUGUUUUAAUUCUUGUCUCUGUGUGUGGUCACCCACAAGUACGCCUCAUGUACCGAGUCCUCUGCAGACCCCUCUUCCCCUCCCCCAGGGGAACGCCUGGCGUGCUGAGCACCGCACGGUGGGCCAGACGCAGACGCAGACGGUAUCCCUCCUCCACGUUCCCACGGGCACGUGCCUCCCCGCUCUGCCCUUCUAACCUGGACAGAGCAUCCCCGCUGCUGCCCGUCCCAUCCCGUCCAGCCCUUGCUGCUUGUGCGUGCAGGCUUGUUGCUCCUCCAGGGCCCCUGCCUGCCGCCCGCCUGCCUACUGGGGUGUUGGUCCUGUUUUCCUCCUGGUCGGAGGGAGCUCCCAAUAUUCCCGGAAACUGGCCCUGGAGCACGUGCGGGCUGUGUGUGCAAGUGUGUACAGAAAUGGAGCGCUUGGACACACGCGGGUCAUGGACAGUGCCGCUGGCCACUUAGUCAAGAAGUCCCAGCCCCCCGCCCCCACCGGCCUGACAAAUACUGUUUU